CUAGCUUAGGGAAAGGGUACCACUUAGUAGAGCCGUAGAACCCAGAUUAGGAGCUGUAUUUAAUGAGAAUAGACACAGUAACCUGUGAGAGAUAUAGUCAAAACCAGUUAUAAACUUUUGGAGAAAAAAAGAGAGGCAGCGAGGGAGAGGCAGGGGGCUCGAGCGAUCCAUUGCUUGGCGCUCGGCUUAGCCAGGCUGGGGGUCCUCCGAGUGGCUGAUGAAUCGGCGCUCGACUGGCCUCGGAGCUGCCUGCGGGGAAGUGAAGACUGGGGCUCGGACGCCUGCGGGUUAGAUUGAUGACAAAGUUCAGUUUUCAACAAUGCUGAAAUCAAAUGUUUGCUUGUUUUCUUUGGAUAAUUUGUUUUUGGAAAAACCAGAUGAAGUUGAAAACCAUCUAGACAAUGAAAAGUCAUUGGACUGGUUUCUCCCUCCUGCUCCAUUGAUUUCAGAAAUUCCAGAUACUCAGGAGUUAGAGGAAGAAUUAGAAAGUCAUAGACUAUUAGGUCAGGAAAAGAGGCCAAAAAUGUUAACAUCAAAUUUAAAGAUAACUAAUGAAGACACAAAUUAUGUUUCACCAACACAAAAAUUCCAAUUUGCCUUUUCUUCUAAUAAAUAUGAACAGGUUGGUCUAAAUUUAGAAGGGGUAGGUAACAAUGACUUACCACAUGUUGCUGGAAAGCUGACAUAUGGUUCUCAGCAAUGUAAAAAUCACAUCAACACUGAGACAGCACCUGAGAAGAGUGUUCCUGAUAAUACAAAAUUAGUUAAGUUUGCAGAAGAUACAGGAGAGAGCACAUCAGUAUUCCGGAAAAGAUUGUUUAAAAUAUCUGACAGUGUACAUGAGAACGCAUAUUCUAAUGACAGUGAAUUGGACUCUCACAUUGGCUCAGUGAAAAUUGUACAAACAGAAAUGAGCAAAGGGAAAUCAAGGAACUGUAGCAAUAGUAAGCAGAAAUAUCAAUAUUCUGCAAAUGUGUUUACAGCAAAUAAUGCUUUUUCUGCUUCUGAAAACGGAGAAGACAUGUUCAAAACACCGUCUUUUUCAGUUGCUUUCCAGCCUCAUGAUGUUCAAGAGGUAACAGAAAAUGGUUCAUUGAAGGCCGUCACAGAGAUUCCAACAAAAUUCAGAAGUAUUUUCAAAGAAUUUCCAUAUUUCAACUAUAUACAGUCCAAAGCCUUUGAUGAUCUUCUUUACACAGAUAGGAAUUUUGUGAUUUGUGCUCCAACUGGUUCUGGAAAAACUGUAGUGUUUGAACUAGCUAUAACAAGAUUGUUAAUGGAAGUACCAUUGCCAUGGUCAAAUGUUAAAAUUGUUUACAUGGCACCAAUAAAAGCCUUGUGUAGUCAGCGUUUUGAUGACUGGAAAGAAAAAUUUGGACCAAUAGGAUUGAAUUGUAAAGAACUUACUGGAGAUACAGUAAUGGAUGACCUAUUUGAAAUUCAGCAUGCCCAUAUUAUUAUGACAACUCCAGAAAAAUGGGAUAGCAUGACUAGGAAAUGGAGAGACAACUCUUUGGUUCAGCUGGUUCGACUCUUUCUCAUUGAUGAGGUACAUAUUGUAAAAGAUGAAAAUCGUGGUCCAACUCUUGAAGCUGUAGUCAGCAGAAUGAAAACUGUACAGUCUGUUUCUCAGACUUUAAGAAAUACCAGCACUGUUAUUCCAUUGCGAUUUGUAGCUGUAUCUGCAACAAUUCCAAAUGCUGAGGAUAUUGCAGAAUGGCUUUCAGAUGGUGAAAGACCGGCUGUAUGUCUGAAAAUGGAUGAGAGCCAUAGACCUGUGAAACUUCAGAAAGUGGUCCUUGGAUUUCCCUGCAGUAGUAACCAAAAUGAGUUUAAGUUUGAUUUAACCCUCGACUACAAAAUUGCCAGUGUUAUACAAAUGUACUCUGAUCAGAAACCCACACUUGUGUUUUGUGCAACAAGGAAGGGUGUGCAACAGGCUGCUUCUGUUCUUGUGAAGGAUGCUAAGUUUAUUAUGACUGUGGAACAGAAACAGAGGUUACAGAAGUAUGCAUAUUCCGUAAGAGAUUCAAAACUGAGAGAUAUCUUAAAAGAUGGUGCUGCUUAUCAUCAUGCUGGUAUGGAGCUGUCAGAUAGAAAAGUAGUUGAGGGAGCUUUUAGUGUUGGAGAUUUACCAGUUCUUUUUACUACCAGUACUUUAGCUAUGGGAGUAAAUUUGCCUGCUCACCUAGUAGUUAUAAAAUCUACAAUGCAUUAUGCUGGAGGACUGUUUCAAGAGUACAGUGAAACAGAUAUUCUACAGAUGAUUGGUAGAGCUGGUCGACCUCAAUUUGACACUACAGCCACUGCAGUUAUCAUGACUCGAUUAAGUACAAGAGACAAGUACAUUCAGAUGUUAGCUUGUAGAGACACUGUAGAAAGCAGUUUGCACAGACAUCUUAUUGAGCAUUUAAAUGCAGAAAUAGUACUGCAUACCAUCACGGAUGUGAAUAUUGCUUUGGAAUGGAUACGAUCAACUUUGCUUUAUAUCAGAGCCUUGAAAAAUCCAUCUCAUUAUGGUUUUGCAUCUGGAUUGAAUAAAGAUGGAAUUGAAGCAAAAUUACAAGAAUUAUGUUUGAAGAAUCUGAAUGAUUUAUCAUCCCUGGACUUAAUAAAGAUGGAUGAAGGUGUUAAUUUCAAACCAACUGAAGCAGGAAGAUUGAUGGCUUGGUAUUAUAUUACAUUUGAGACGGUGAAGAAAUUUUAUACAAUCAGUGGAAAAGAAACCUUAUCAGAUCUGGUUACAAUGAUAGCUGGCUGCAAGGAAUUUCUAGAUAUACAGUUAAGAAUAAAUGAAAAGAAAACACUGAAUACUUUGAACAAAGAUCCAAAUCGGAUAACUAUCAGAUUUCCCAUGGAAGGAAGAAUUAAAACAAGAGAAAUGAAAGUAAAUUGUCUUAUUCAGGCUCAACUAGGAUGUAUUCCCAUACAAGAUUUUGCUUUGACACAAGAUACUGCAAAGAUUUUCAGACAAGGCUCCCGAAUUACAAGAUGGUUGUCAGAUUUUGUAGCCGCUCAAGAAAAGAAGUUUGCUGUACUAUUGAAUAGUUUGAUUUUAGCUAAAUGUUUUAGGUGUAAACUUUGGGAAAACUCUCAGCAUGUAUCCAAACAACUGGAAAAAAUUGGUAUAACAUUGUCAAAUGCAAUCAUAAAUGCUGGUUUGACUUCCUUUAAAAAAUUAGAAGAAACAGAUGCAAGGGAACUUGAAUUGAUUUUAAAUAGACAUCCCCCCUUUGGAACCCAGAUAAAAGAAACUGUGAUGUAUCUACCAAAAUAUGAACUUAAAGUGGAACAGAUUUCAAGAUAUAGUGAUACCACGGCGGAAAUAUUAGUGACUGUUAUAUUAAGAAACUUUGAACACCUACAAAUUAAAAGAACAGCAUCGGAUUCUCACUAUGUUACCUUAAUCAUAGGUGAUGCAGAUAAUCAAGUAGUUUAUCUGCACAAGAUUGUGGAUUCUAUUUUGCUAAAAGCUGGAAAUUGGGCUAAGAAGAUUGCUGUGAAGAGAGCUCUUAAAUCUGAAGAUCUUAGCAUAAAUCUAAUAAGUUCUGAAUUUGUUGGGCUUGAUAUUCAGCAGAAAUUUACAGUCUUUUACUUAGAACCCAAGAGGUUUGGAAAUCAAAUGACUAUGAGAAGAAAAUCUGAAACACAGAUUUCCCAUUCUAAGCAUUCAGAUGGAUCUACCAUAGCAGGGCCUAAUAAAGGAAUGACUGCCAGCAAAAAACCUGGGAACCGAGAAUGCAAUCAUCCUUGUAAAAAUAAACAUACAUGUGGACAUGACUGCUGUAAAAUUGGAGUUGCACGGAAGUCAGAAAUUAAAGAGUCAACAAUUUCUUCAUAUUUGUCUGAUUUAAGAAACAGGAAUGCUGUUUCAUCUGUUCCUCCAGUUAAACGUCUGAAGAUGCAGAUGAAUAAGUCUCAAAGAGUGGACCUUAAAGAGUUUGGUUUUACUCCAAGACCUUCCCUUCCUAGUAUAUCAAGGUCAGAAUAUUUAAACUUAUCUGAAUUGCCUAUAAUGGAGCAGUGGGAUCAGCAUGAAAUCUGUGGAAAAUUUAGACAAGAACCAUCUGAAUAUCAAGACAAAGCAUAAUUUCCCUGGAUCAUGCUAUUAACAGUCAGCCUGUUAAAACAUAUGAGACAAUCCUGGCCAUUGAGUUAUUUCAAGUGGCUGUGUGUAGAAAUGGUAAGCUUGGGGAUUUCUGAAAAUAAUUUCAUGUGUUCAGCAUUGGCUUCUGUUGACAUUCUUUUCUUCAUGCUGUCACUUUUUUUUCCUGUAGUCAUAAUUUAAGAUUUUACGGAGGCAAGGGCUGGAGUAUUCACUACCUCUUAAUGAUACUAUGGCAGCCAUUACGUUCAAUAUGAGAUCAAGAAAAGUUCCCUAAUCUCAUCUGGAGAAUCAGAGCAUUUAUCCAACUUAUUCAAAGCCUGAAUAUCAUUGCAAAGUAGAUAGGAAGUAUAAAAUUGUCACGCCUUUUAUAUUUAUCUCUGUUCAAUAUGUAGCCCUCUAAUUUAUUUCUUCCUUAUACUACUGCACUAUUACUUGUCCUGCACACACGAGUUUAUCUUUCCUUCUGCUUAUUUUUGUGUUAUAUUUACAUGGUUUUCCUACUUUUCUUUCCCACUCACUAUUCCAAAUCCAAUUUAUAUUAUGAUAUUAAAGCCUCACCUAGAUACUUUAGCUCCCAGUAAUAAUUGUAUCCCUGUUUUAUUGAGUGGGCGGCUUUUUUUGUUGUUGUUGUUGUUGUUGAAAGAGCUGUAUGGUAUAGUAGUUAAGUUCACAGGAUCUGGAAACAAUCUGUCCAAGUCCUAGUUCUGACUUUUAGUGUAACCUUUCAUAGUCUUUAACCACUUUGUGUAAACUCCUCAUCUGGUUAUAUUUUAGAGGGUUUUAGGAUUAAAUGAGAUAAUGUAUGUAAAGCUGUUAUAGUUUCUGGUACUGUUAGUAAUGGUAAUUGGAUAUACUUGUUAUAUUUUUCACAUGUUAGUCUUUGGUAGCAAAACAUACUUUAAAUGUAUUCAAAUACUGUUUUUGAGAAUGUUUUUUAAAAAGCAUGGCAGUUUUAUCUUCUGUAUUCCAAUUUCAAGAAGGGAAGAAGAAAAAAUGUUAAAAAUUAUAUGAGAAGCAUGUUGAAUCAUAAGAUUUAAAUUAGAAGGGACCUUUGUGCAAUUUCUCAUUUUACAGUGAAAGAAGCCAAGACUCCAAGAGAUUAAAUGACUUGCCCAAAAAUUGUGUAUCUAAUUAAUGACAAGGCCAGAAAUAGAUUCCAUAUCUUUUGAUUCCCAGCCCAAUGCCAUUUCUAUAAAAUGAAAUUGACUUUUAGUUAUCAGUGGAGAAUUGAAAAUUGAACCAGUAGUAUAUGAACUCUUUCAGCUUUUCACCCCACCACUCAAUUAUAUAUUUCCCUGUCUCUGCAUUCAUCUAACCAUCUAUUUGUCUUAAAAGAAAAAUUGUCUUUUUUUCAAUUCAAGGCAUAUCUCUCCUCCUGUAAUCUUAAUUCUAUCCAAUCCUGCUUUCCCUGGGGCUUUAGAUGAUCGUUAUCCAUCUCCUUUUUCCUGUAUUUUCAUUCUUUCCUUGCCACUGUGUCUUUCCCUUUAGUAUAACAAUAUGCUGAAGUCUCUUCCUUCUUCAACUUCAUGUCCUCAUCUGGCUGGUCAUGACUUUUUUUAUUAUAAAUGAUAAAAUUCUACUCAAAA